GUUGGCAAACCGCAGUUAAACAAAUCCAAAGAACAAGAGGAAAGACGUACAGCCGAACUGUAGACGCAGUCGCAGACUGUUCAGAGGUAAAAACACCCAAUAGGAACAUACUGGAUUAUAACAAGAUGGCGGAGGUUGUUGAGCUUCAAAAACUGAAGUUGGCUGAACUGAAGCAGGAAUGUGCGGUCAGGGGACUGGAAAUCAAAGGGAACAAAGGGGAGCUGAUCGCCAGGCUACAAGCGUAUCUGGAGGAGCACGGAGAUGAGGAGAUAAAUGAGGAAGAGGUUUUGGGAGAAGACACAGAGGAGGAUAUUCCAAAAGUGGGGGAAACUUCGAAACCGAAACCACAGAUGGCUGUGGAAGCUGCUCCUGCACAGGAUGCUGUGAAGGUGGUGAAAAUCCCUCACUCGUUGUCCGUAGAGGAGAAGAUGAAGAAGAGAGCCGAGCGCUUCAACCUGGCCAGCGGGGACAACAAGAUGGCCGCCCGCGCUGCCAGGUUUGGCUUGCCUGUCGUACCUCCCGCCUCCGCGCAAGGCGCCUCUGCAGACAGCAAGCCCGCGGUGGACGUGGACACCCUGAAAAAGCGGGCCCAGCGGUUUGGGAUGAACGUGUCCUCCAUCUCCAAGAAGGUCGAGGAUGAGGAGAAGCUGAAGAAGAGGAAGGAAAGGUUCGGCAUCCUCACCAGCGCGGCUGCCGUGGGUCCAGACGACUCAGAGGCCAAGAAGCGGAAGAGGGCCGAGAGAUUCGGAAAUGUGUAACACUAAAGUUGUCGUUCUUUUCUACCUUUUUUUAAAGAAAUGCUUUUGCUUUGUAUUUUUCAACGCGUUCUCGUCAUUCUCAAUAAACGACCAAGCCGCUCAAGGGCUUGCGUUUGCUCUGGGACUGAAACCCUGUCACAGUUUGUAAAUUAAAGGUGAUUCCACAUUUUUCAAA